GGCUUCCUCCAGCUUCUCCCGGACCCAGGUCACAGCCGCAGGGGCGGCCGUUGGCUCCACACCCUUGGAGCGGCCCCCACACCCCUGGAGCGGCCCCCUGAAAGCUCAGAAGGGUCUGCGUCCCGGGGCCCAGCUGUAGUACUCAGUGACUCGUUCCUCCUGGCCUCCUCUUAUGCAGAUGGACGUUUACAGUAACCUGCCCAAGCGGACUCUGUCGUGAGGACGGAACGCGAUGGUCUGUGUAAAGGCCUAUCAGUCUCUAUGUAAAAGCUGGCUGACGCUUUCCAGAGCGUCUUGCAGGACACAGCUGGCUGGUGGAGUAUGUAUACUGAGAAGAAUUGAAAACAUAUAGAGCGUAAGGCUCAAAGAAGUGCUCUGGGGACGCCUGUCUUUCUCACCUAGUCCACAGGAGUUUAACCCCAGUGAAGCAUUUCCUUGGACUUGCAGUUCACACCUGCUUAUGGCUCUUGGGAAACAUCAUAUUUAAAUACCUUUUUUGCAAAUUCAGGAGGCUGUGCUGUAUGGCAGUAAGCUCAGCUCUCUGUGUAAUGGGCUGGGGGGAAGGACGGCUGCAAAUAGAAUAACACAGUCACCAGUCCUCAUGUUCUGUGAGCCCUGGCAGGAUCCUCACUGUUCCAGGACAGCGUGUAACCACUCUGCUUCUUCAUUAAAGUGAUAGUUACUGAUUCCUGUGCAUCCGUUGCUAUUGAAUCUUCAUGAUCCCAAUCUUCAGAUGCGGAAGCAGAGACUAAAGGAUUAAGUCAUUUUCAGAGGUCACUUUACUUGGUAGUGAGCCCAAGCCUCAAGCAGUCAUUCCAAGCUCUCCCUGCCUCACCCUCUGCUCUCAAUCGUGACCUGUCUCAGCAGCCGUACAAGAACAGCAGAGGAAUUCCUGUGCAGGAAUCCCGUCCGCAUCCGUUGACAGCAUCAGGCAAAUCACUUGGCCUCUGCUGUGUGAUGGAGCUUAUGCUUUGUGGCCAUGGAGAACACCGAAGGUGCCAGCCAGCAUGUGCCCGAGCAGAGCACGCCUGCCCAGGGGCCAGCCCAGAGCAUCACUCCGCAGGGGCCUCAGGGAGACCAGGGGCAGCUUCUUUACCACGAGGAAACCAUCGAUCUCGGCGGAGAUGAGUUCGAGUCCGAGGACUCGAAUAAUUUCGCAGAUAAGCUUGAUGAGCCCCUGAUGGAGAGCGUGCUCAUCUCCGACUCCCCAAACAACAGCGAGGACGACGCAGGUGACCUGGGGUGUCUGCAGGACAUGGCGGACCCCACCGAGGGCAGCGGUGAUCACAGACUGGGGCCCGGCGCCGAAGAGCGCAAGCUGGGCUCGCUCAGCGACGGCAGUGAGAGUGAUGUCGGGAACACGCCCCAGGACGCCUCGGACGUGACCCCUGACGGCAGAGCAUCGUUGAGAGAGGACCCCAAGCGCAGCGAUGAGGGAGACCCGCCUGCUUUUGAACACAGGGGCGGAGAGGACCCGGGCUUGGGGGCUGCGCGGGUGCCCACGGCAGGGCCACCGUCGGGCGCGCCCACCCGGCAGCCAGCCCCCAAGGACGAGCCGGUGCCCGUGUGCACCAUCUUUAGCCAGCCGCCCCCCGGCGCCCAGCCCCCAUCCCUGCGUGACGGCUUCGAGUCCCAGAUGGUGAAAUCCCCCAGCUUCAGCAGCGCCAGCGAGGCUGCCCCCAGGACCCCACCCCAGGUGGUCCAGCCGAGCCCCAGCCUGAGCAAGUUCUUUGGCGAUCCGACCGGCAGCAGCUCCUUGGCCUCGGACUUCUUUGAUUCCUUCACAACCUCCACCUUCAUCUCCGUCAGUAACCCCAAUGCCAGCCCUUCCAUUCCAGAAAGCCUGUCUCCACUGGCCGCUACCCCUGUGGGAGGAAGCUCGCCGGGCCCCGUGGAAGCUGCCGCCUCCCCAGGGGUGCAGAGGUCAGGGUCGGGUGUCCCCACGGUUCCUCUGGAGAUCUCGCAGUCCCCAAAGCCGUUCUCACAGAUCCAGGCGGUGUUUGCCGGCAGCGAGGACCCCUUUGCCACCGCCCUGAGCAUGAGCGAGAUGGACCGGAGAAGCGACGCCUGGAUCCCUGGGGAUGCAACCAGGAGCGUGCUGACCUCGGUCGCCACGCAGCAGUACGGCACAGUGUUCGUGGACAAGGAGGACCUCACCAUGCCCGGCCUCAAGUUCGACAACAUCCAGGGAGAUGCAGUUAAAGACUUAAUGUUGCGCUUCCUGGGUGAAAAAGCUGCGGCAAAGAGACAGGUCCUGACCGCCAGCUCGGUGGAGCAGUCUUUCGUGGGACUGAAGCAGCUCAUUAGCUGCAAGAACUGGCGGGCGGCGGUGGACCUGUGCGGGCGGCUGCUCACGGCCCACGGCCAAGGCUACGGCAAGAGCGGGCUGCCGACCAGCCACACGGCGGACUCCCUGCAGCUCUGGUUUGUGAGGCUGGCGCUGCUGGUGAAGCUGGGCCUGUUCCAGAACGCCGAGAUGGAGUUCGAGCCCUUCGGCAACCUGGACCAGCCAGACCUCUACUACGAAUACUACCCACACGUGUACCCGGGGCGCAGGGGCUCCAUGGUCCCCUUUUCCAUGCGGAUCCUGCACGCGGAGCUUCAGCAGUACCUGGGGAACCCCCAGGAGUCCCUGGACCGGCUCCACAGGGUGAAGGCCGUCUGCAGCAAGAUCCUGGCCAACCUGGAGCAGGGCCUGGCGGAGGACGGGGCCACACACAGCAUUGCGCAGGAGAACAGGCAAGCCUCCGUGCAGCUGUGGCGGUCCCGCCUGGGCCGGGUGACGUGCUCCGUGGCCAACUGCCUGCUGCUCAUGAAGGACUACGUGCUGGCCGUGGACGCGUACCGCGCGGUCGUCCAAUUCCACCCAGAGCAGGAGCCGCAGGUGCUGAGCUGCAUCGGCCGCAUCUUCCUGCAGAUUGGAGACAUAAAAACAGCUGAAAAGUACUUUCAAGACGUAGAGAAAGUAACACAGAAACUGGAUGGACCACAGGGCAAAGUCAUGGUUUUGAUGAACAGAGCUUUCCUUCACCUCGGUCAGAAUAACUUCGCUGAAGCGCACAGGUUCUUCACGGAGAUCCUGAGGGUGGACCCGUCGAAUGCAGUGGCCAGCAACAACGCGGCUGUGUGCCUGCUGUACCUGGGCCGCCUCAAGGACUCGCUGCGGCAGCUGGAGGCCAUGGCCCGGCGGGACCCGCGGCAGCACCUGCACGAGAGCGUGCUCUUCAACCUGACCACCAUGUACGAGCUGGAGUCGUCGCGCAGCCUGCAGAAGAAGCAGGCUCUGCUGGAGGCCGUGGCCGGCACGGAGGGCGACUGCUUCAACACGCAGUGCCUCAAGCUGGCCUAGCGCCCCCGCGCACACCCCGGCCCUCCCGCCCGGCGUCUGCCCACCGCCUCCUCCAUCAGGCAGGCUGCAGACACGGGGUGCGCACGCACAGGGGCCGGGGGCACCCGGGGCCACUCCUAGCAGCCUCAGGGGAGAGCUGACCACAGAACACACGGUUCUCGCCCGAGCCAGAGCGUUCUAGGGAUUCGUAGAUCGGGGAGAGGGCCCGUUCCCCUGCCCCACAGCUGCAGCUCCACUCUGCUCCCUGGGGCCUUUUCCAGCCUCUGCGGAGCCCCUCGGAGGAGUCUGGUGCCGGGGGAGCGGAACCGUUCUUCGUCCUGCGCGUUUCCAGCACAGGGGCGGGGGCGAGGACAGGGAUCUGCGUGUGCAGUGGGGCCAGGACAGGGGUCACUGCUCUCAGCUCUGGGGGUCGCUGUCUGCUUCUGUACUUACACCGUCACUCCUGCCGUUAAAGUGUCUAACGCACCUGAUUCAAGAACCCUGGCAGGGGCCCUUUAAGUGACCGAGCUCUGCGAGUACGUUUUAAAACAGAGUUCACUUAAGAUUCUGAUAUAAACAUGUAUUGCAUAAAGCAGAGCCAAGCUGUGUUUCUAGUUAUUUCCAUGGUAAACACACAAAUGCAGCAUCUCCUGGGCAGACAGUCUCAGCAGUCGUUGAAACAGAUUAGUUACCCUGUGAAAUAGGAGAGACAGGAGAGGCCGCCACAAGGACUGGGCCUACACCUCCAGAGAGGGUGAGGGGCGCCUCCGGCUCAGGCAGGGAGGGGACCCCCGCCCCCACCCGGAGCGCCCGCAGCCCCUGGGCUCACCCUGGGGUCUACCUGCUGUACAGCCUCUUUUCCCUUAAGGCUCUUUACCAAAUGGACCGAGCACUGUUAGCCUGCCUUCCGGGAGGGGGGUCCCAGCCCAGGGGAGACCCACACCCCGUGCUCCCCGAUCCCAGAUCCAGGCCCCAACUGCACAUCACACACCCAGGAAGCACCCCAAAAGCUGCUCCCCCGGAAUCUCCCCAAACCCCAGCAUGGCUCUCUGCAGAGAUGGGCCUCCAAGGAGGUGUCCAGCUGGGAUGGAGUCCCAACGGUCAGCGCCCAGGGACGCACAGGAGAGGACCCGGCGAGGAGCGAGGCCCAGGGACCACCCUGCAGCCCCAGCCCCCAGGCCACGACAGGUCAGCAUCUGUUGCUGAAGCUGUUGUCUGCGGGGCUCAUCACCCGAGCUGAGACACCCACACCCCUGGGGGCUGCGCUGCUCACCCCCCGCAGCUGUCGGGGAGCCUUGUGGGAACACACGCUCACACGUGUGCGAGCAGAAAAAGCAUGGAGCAUUUAUGAAAAAUAAAC